AUGGCAGUUGAAAGAUCGAAUUGGUUGUCAACGCUGGCCAAAAUCCCACGCAGUAUCACCGUUGAGCCAGUAUUAUUCUUGUUCAUGUUCUGCCAAUUUUCAGAAUAUGCUCUAGUCAUGUUUUUAAUACGACGUAAAGUUUGCUUAAAUUAUUUACCCUUAAGUAUUUGCUCCAAUUCCUCUAUUCGAUUGGAUAAUACCACUGAAAAUAGUAUUGAAAGUCAGACUUCAACGUAUAUUUUCUACUUGAAUUUAUCAUUUAUUAUUCCAUCAGUUUGUGCGUCUAUCAUUCUAGGCAAUUUAUCUGAUAAACUUGGCCGUAAAGUGGUCAUGAUAUUGCCAUGUAUUGGUGCUGGUAUUAAAAAUGUCAUCUUUCUCAUUAAUGCUUAUCUAAUUGACAAGCCAGUGCCGUACAUGUACAUUGGAUCAGCUAUUUCAGGAUUCUUUGGCAAUUAUCCAACGUUAUUAAUGGCUGUUUUUUCUUACAUCUCUGAUAUUAGUCAUGGUGACACGCGUAGUUCACGAAUUGGUAUUUUAGAAUCCAUGACAUUUAUAGGUGGAUCAAUGGCUAAUUUUAUUUCUGGUCGAUGGCUAGAUACGGCUGGGUUUUUACCUCCAUUUUGGGCCAAUGUAAUCAUUUAUUUUUGCUUAAUUUUAUACAUCAUAUUUGUCAUAACCGAAUCCUAUCGUCCAACAGAUCCUAACGACAAUCAGCAAGUUGAUACUCCAGAUCAGAAUCGCUGUUCCACAUUUUUUUCAAUGCGUAAUUUUCAAGCCAGCUAUAAAGUGAUUAUCAAACCUCGUGUUGGCCACUUACGGAUUCAUUUAAUCUUGUUGGUCGCCAUAUUUUUCCUCAAUGUCAUCAUUUUCAAUGCUUUUAAUAACAUCAUUUACGUUUACCUAAAACACCCACCGCUCUCGUUGACACCAACGAGUAUUGGUGACAUUGUAGCACUAAAACUAUGUUUGAACGGAAUAGCAGCAAUUAUAGUUAUGCCAAUUCUAUCCAAAAUUUUACAUUUUAAUGAUACAAGCUUAAUUAUGAUUGGUGUACUAUCAUCAACUGCUUCAUGGUUGUACAUUGGAUUUAUACGAUCACCGUCAAUUGUUUUCAUCGGCUCCAUCAUUGAUGGAUUAACUGGAAUGGCGAUACCUAGUUGCCGUGCUAUGUUAUCAAAGAUUGUUAACCAGGACGAAUUAGGUAAAAUGUUUGGCUUUAUAUCAGCUACAGAAGUUUUAACAUCGCUCCUUGCUUCUGCUAUUGCUAACGGUAUAUAUUCAGCAACAGUUCGCACUGCAAUCACAACUGUUUUCAUAACUAUGGCUUCCCUUACAAUCAUACCAUUAGCAUUAACAUCAAUAAUACACGUUGAUCGUCGUCGACAACGUUCUACUUCGUUUUACGUACAUAUUAAUGACGAUCAUAUAGCUGCUAAUGGUGUAAAUUCUUGA